CAGCCAGGCACCCUUCAAUCAAUCCCACGCCGCCGCUGCAACAACUCAACCCUCUGCGCAACUCUCGCACCUAUCGUACCUCUGAAAUCUCCCGCAUUCCCACAAAACAACUUCAAUAUGAGCGGCUGGGGCCUGGGCUGGUUUGGCGGUGGCCAGGCGAAGAAGGAGGCGCCAAAGAAGGCCAUCCUCCAGCUUCGAGGUCAACUUGAGAUGCUGAACAAGAGAGAGAAGCACCUGCAAAACCAGAUGGAUGAGCAAGAUGCGCUUGCACGGAAAUUCGUUUCUUCCAACAAGCAAGCCGCGAAAUCAGCGUUACGGCGAAAGAAGCAGUUCGAGCAUUCACUCGAGCAGACUAGCGCACAGAUUAUGACCCUAGAAAAAGAGAUCUACUCCAUCGAGACGGCCAACAUCAACAAGGAGACGAUGGAAGCUAUGAAGAGCGCAGGAAAGGCCAUGAAGGAGAUACACGCCGGCCUGACCAUCGACAAGGUCGACAACGUAAUGGAGGACCUCCGCGAACAACACGCAAUCGGCGAAGAAAUCAGCGAAGCCAUCACCUCCGGCGUCGGCGCGAACGGCAUCGACGAAGACGAGCUGGACGAAGAGCUCGCCGAGCUACAACAAGAGAAGCUCGACGAGCAAAUGCUCAACACGGGCAACGUGCCCAUCCACGACGCCCCCUCCUCACAGAAGCUACCGCAAGCGCCGAAUACCAACAUCAAGGCACCGCAGCGGGUCGAGGAGGACGACGAAGAGGAGGAGCUGCGGAAGCUACAGGCCGAGAUGGCCAUGUAAGCGCGGGGCUACGGCUCAGAUUAUCGCUAUUAUGCGAGCAUAGCGACUGCGGGACGCGGGAGGGUUUCAGGCGUACGGCGAUAUCAGCAGAAGCGGCAUCUUGGGCUUUAGCUUCUUCUUUCCUAUAUAUAAUCGCAGCAUUUGGGCUUUGGAUUUUGUGUCGAGGCACUUGCUCUACCUAUGAGAUACGCGGGAUAUACCUUGCAAUAUCAUACUCUCCAUUUGAA